CCAAACAGGUAGGAGAAAAUGGUUAGAGAAAAUUACACCAUGACGACCAAUUUCAUUCUCUUUGGACUAACAGAACGUCUGGAGAUGAGGUCUCCACUCUUUGUGGUCUUUUUAUUAAUCUAUAUAGUCACACUGGCGGGGAAUCUGGGGAUGAUUGUAUUAAUUUGGAUAGAUCCUCUGUUGCACACCCCAAUGUACUUUUUCCUCAGCAGCCUGUCCUUCUUAGAUGCCUGCUAUUCCACCACUAUCACACCUAAUAUGCUGGUGAACUUUUUAGUAGGACACAAAACUAUCUCUUACGCUGCCUGCAUUGUACAAUAUUGUUUCUUUGCAAUCUUUGCCACCACUGAGUUUUUCCUGCUGGCAGCCAUGGCAUAUGACCGAUAUGUGGCCAUCUGCAACCCUCUGCUCUACACUUCUGUUGUGACUAAGAACCUUUGUGCAGGGCUGAUAGCAGGCUCAUACCUCUGGGGCAUUGUGAACUCUCUGAUUCAGACAAGUGGAUUGUUGAGAUUGUCCUUUUGUGGCAGCAACAUCAUCAAUCACUUUUUCUGUGAUCUCACACCCCUUCUGAAACUGGCUUGCAAUGAUAUUUACAUCAAUGAGAUGCUGGUAUUCGUUUUUGGUAGCUUAUUUGAAAUGAGCACCUUGCUGAUCAUUAUAAUCUCUUACGUAUUCAUAAUUAUAGCUGUACUAAGGAUUCGCUCUGCAGAAGGGAGGCAGAAAGCCUUCUCCACAUGUGCCUCCCAUCUCACAGCAGUGGCCAUAUACCAUGGGACCAUCCUCUUCAUGUACUUCAGGCCCAGCUCAAGCUACUCGCUUGACACAGACAAAAUGGCCUCUGUGUUUUACACAGUGAUAAUACCCAUGUUGAAUCCUUUGAUCUACAGCUUGAGGAACAAAGAUGUAAAAUGUGCUUUCAGAAAAGCAAUUGGGAGAAAGGUGCUUUCUUAG